AAAACACGGAAGUGUUUUCAGAUGUGCGCCUUUUGGAGGGGCGAGUGUAGAAUGUGAGGAGCAGAGGAUCUACUUACAUGUAGAAAACCUUCUUUUUGUUAACUUUUAAACGGCUUUCAUUAACGUUUAACGGUGAAAAGACGCUGGAGCGGAACCGUAUCUGAUGACGACGAUGAAGGUGUUUCGCUGUCCUGGUCGCCAUGGUUACGCCGUGGAGGCCUCUCCAUUCCUGCCGAACCGACUGGCCUGCGCAGCGUCCCAGUACUACGGAAUAACUGGUUCUGGAUCUCUGUUUGUUCUGGAUCAGACUGAAACUGGGGUUGUUUUAGUGAGAAGCUGGCAGUGGGGUGACGGUCUCUUCGAUGUUGCGUGGAGUGAAGCUAACGAACACGUCUUGGUGGCAGGAGGUGGAGACGGCAGCCUGCAGCUUUGGGACUCAGCCAAUCAGAACGCUCCGCUGAAAGUGGCCAAGGAGCACACACAGGAGGUUUACUCUGUGGACUGGAGUCAGACCAGAGCAGAGAACCUCAUCGCCUCUGGAUCCUGGGACCGCUCCGUUAAAGUGUGGGACCAGAACCUCAGCCGCUCCCUGGUCACGCUCAGGGGUCACGAAGGGGUCGUCUACAGCUCCAUCUGGUCUCCUCACAUCCCAGGAUGCAUUGCUUCAGCCUCAGGCGACGGGACGCUCAGAGUCUGGGAUGUGAAGGCCGCUGCGUGCCGAUUGGCUGUUCCUGCUCACAAAGCUGAGAUCCUGAGCUGCGAUUGGUGCAAAUACGACCAGAAUCUGGUGGCUACAGGAUCAGUGGACUGCAGCGUGUGUGUGUGGGACCUGAGGAACGUCACGCAGCCCGUCAAUCAGCUGCUGGGACACAACUACGCCAUCCGCAGGGUCAAGUUCUCCCCGUUCAGUCGGACCGUUCUGGCCUCCUGCUCCUACGACUUCACCGUCCGGUUUUGGGACUUCGGCCGACGUCGUCCUCUCCUGGACACAGUGGAGCAUCAUUCAGAGUUUGUCUGUGGAUUGGACUUCAACCUCCACAUCCCCCACCAGGUGGUGGAUUGUUCCUGGGAUGAGACGGUGAAGAUCUACUCACCUUCCUGCCUCACUGCAGCAUCCUAACACACACACACACACACACACACACACACCGCUGGGCAUCGUCAGGAUAGUGGGCGGUUCUUCUGGCUGGAUUUGAGCUCCUAUUGGCUGAUUGGACUCUGAGUUUGUUGUGAAAUAUAAUCAUAAAGUGUGUUAUGUAAAUGAUGUUUAUAAUGUAAUAAAUAUUUUCUUUAUCA